UCCAUGUUGGUCAGGUUGGCCUCGAACUCCUGACCUCAGGUGAUCCUCCUGCCUUGACCUCCCAAAGUGCUGGGAUUACAGGCGUGAGCCACCGUGCCCAGCUUAGAUGUCGGUUUUUCUUGCCCCUCCCAACCCCUACCGGAGAUCUACUGUAUGUCUGGCUAUUGGACCUUCACCAAAGAGUCGGCAACAGGCUCAGAGAGGCCAACUGUCUCCAUCAAGGUCCCACAGCCAGUGAGGGGCAGACUUGGAUUGGGGCCUGUGGCUCCAGGUCACGGCAGAAUGUGAUUAUUGUGAGGCCCCCACAGUGCACAAUGAGCACCUUUGGGGUGCUGGAGACCAGGCCUCCACUAUGACUACCCAAUGGACAGAUGGGUAAACUGAGGGCUGCAGGUCAAGUGAUCUCUUUCACCAGAUCCCCCAGGUCCCCUGCCAAAGCACAGUAACCAUGAUAGAAGACUCAGCCCCCUCCUCCAUUUCAAAGAUGGUUAAACUGAGGCUCAGAGAGAUUCUUCCCUGGCCUAAGUUCAGCUAGCAGGGCGAGAGGAACUAGCUCUGCACUCCAAGCCCCGAGCGCUUCUUUCUCUGCCCGCGCUCCAGCCACCUCUCCAGGGGAGCGUGGGCUGCCGCGGCCCCUUUAACACACCCCGCCUUGCUCGCCUUCCUCCUCCCCUUGCAGGCAGACGCCGGGAUUGCGCCGCCUGCAGGGACCUGCCCAGUCCUAACCGGGUGUGCUGUGAGCGCAGUCCGGGUGCGUAGGGGCCGCUCGGCGAGGGCCGCGCGGGCAAGAUGGUGUGCGCUCGGGCGGCCCUCGGUCCCGGCGCGCUCUGGGCAGCGGCCUGGGGCGUCCUGCUGCUCACAGCCCCCGCGGGGGCGCAGCGUGGCCGGAAGAAGGUCGUGCACGUGCUAGAGGGUGAGUCGGGCUCGGUAGUGGUACAGACAGCGCCCGGGCAGGUGGUAAGCCACCGGGGUGGCACCAUCGUCUUGCCCUGCCGGUACCACUAUGAGGCAGCCGCCCACGGUCACGACGGCGUCCGGCUCAAGUGGACAAAGGUGGUGGACCCGCUGGCCUUCACCGACGUCUUCGUGGCACUAGGCCCCCAGCACCGGGCAUUUGGCAGCUACCGUGGGCGGGCUGAGCUGCAGGGCGACGGGCCUGGGGAUGCCUCCCUGGUCCUCCGCAAUGUCACGCUGCAAGACUACGGGCGCUAUGAGUGCGAAGUCACCAAUGAGUUGGAAGACGACGCUGGCAUGGUCAAGCUGGACCUGGAAGGCGUGGUCUUUCCCUACCACCCCCGUGGAGGCCGAUACAAGCUGACCUUCGCGGAGGCGCAGCGCGCAUGCGCCGAGCAGGACGGUAUCCUGGCAUCUGCAGAACAGCUGCACGCGGCCUGGCGCGACGGCCUGGACUGGUGCAAUGCAGGCUGGUUGCGCGACGGCUCUGUGCAAUACCCCGUGAACCGACCCCGGGAGCCCUGCGGCGGCCUAGGAGGGACCGGGAGCGCAGGGGACGGCGGUGAUGCCAACGGGGGCGUGCGCAACUACGGGUAUCGCCAUAACGCCGAGGAACGCUACGACGCCUUCUGCUUCACGUCCAACCUGCCAGGGCGGGUGUUCUUCCUGAAGCCGCUGCGGCCUGUACCCUUCUCUGGAGCUGCGCGCGCGUGUGCUGCGCGUGGCGCGGCCGUGGCCAAGGUGGGGCAGCUGUUCGCCGCGUGGAAGCUGCAGCUGCUGGACCGCUGCACCGCGGGUUGGCUGGCCGAUGGCAGCGCGCGCUACCCCAUCGUGAACCCGCGCACGCGCUGCGGAGGCCGCCGGCCUGGUGUGCGCAGCCUCGGCUUCCCGGACGCCACCCGACGGCUCUUCGGCGUCUACUGCUACCGCGCUCCAGGAGCACCGGACCCGGCACCCGGCGGCUGGGGCUGGGGCUGGGCGGGCGGCGGCGGCUGGGCAGGGGGCGCGCGCGAUCCUGCUGCCUGGACCCCGCUGCGCGUCUAGGCUGGCAGCAGGCGGACAGCCAGGGCGCUUGACCACUGGUCUAGAGCCCUGCGGUCCCCUGCAGGCUGGCCACGCUUCUGAAGCCCUGGACACUGGCCGCAUUCCCUGUGGUCCCUUACAAACUAACUGUGCCCCUGGGGUCCUUGAAGAUUGGCUAGUCCUGGCAGAAGAGUACUUUGGAGUUCCCUGGAGCCUGGCCAGCCUUCACCUCUUCUGGACAGAGGAUUCCCCCAACUCCCCAAGUUUCUCCAUGAGGGCCACGCCCCCUGAGGACCUCAGGAGGCCAGCAGACCCAGCAGGCUCCUGAAGACUGGCCACGCCUCCUGAGACCACUUGGAAACAGACCAACCGCCACCGUGGUCGCCUGGUGGCUGGACCCCCGGGAUUGACUAGAGACUGGCUGUACAUCUUCUGCAUCUCACUGGAGACUGAACACUAGUCCCUUGCGGUCCCGUGGACACUGGGCCUCCUCCUCCUCACCUGGAGAGACUACAAGAACUUCAGGGUCACUCCCCGUGGUCACAUGGAGGUUGUGGGCCGAGGAACUUGUUUUCCCUUAUGGUGACCUGAGCACUGGAGACUCCCAUUCUCCCCCUCUCCCUGAGAGUCCCCUGAAGUUUCUGGGUAACAGGGCCCACCCCUCUAGUUUCACAGGCGAGCACCUCUAUCUGCCACCUCAGACUGACACACAGCCUGCUGGCUCACUUACUGGGGGCCACGUCCCACCCCUCAGAUAUUUCUUUGAAGGCAGAGCAAACCCACCCUAUCCUCUGACAUCCUUUUCCCAACUGUCACCAAAGAGACCAUCUUCCCAGGCCCGGGGACCCAUAAGAUCCAUGUCACUCAUUAUGGAGAGCAGCGGCCCUGGGUCCCACUGUCACCAAGGCAACCAGUCCUGCUGCUACCUGUCACCUAGAGUCACACACCCCUUCCCUCAUCAGGCACACCCAUGAAGAGGGUGCCUCCCUCCUCCAGCUGUAACCACGUAUAUCACACAUUUCCCAUCUCACUGGCCCCCACCCCAGAGACCUCCACCUCAACUUCCGACUGUCGCUACCCUGACCCACCGCCAUGGAGAUCACACUCCCCGAAGCUGUCCCCAGGGUGACACAACAUCCAGUUCUCUGACUCUCACCGUGGAAACAAACUGUCCCUGUCCCCAGGCCCACUCCAGUUCCAGGCCACCCUCCAAGCUCCACCCCCAGGCGGUUUGGACCCCACCACUGUUGCCAUGGUGAUCAAACUCUGGUGUCCAAGGUAACAGAACACCUGUCCCCCUAGGCUUUUCCUUGUGGACAACGGGGCCCUGUUCACCAAGCUGUCAUCAUAGAGACUGUCAAUGUCCUCAUGACAACCAAACUUCCAGCUCUCAGGAACUUCUCAUUGCGGGCCAGAAGUCCUGAGUGCCUCCUACUAGGGCUACCCUACUGCACUCCAUCAGGGGCCUGAUGGCUGCCCCUUCCCCAGACAGGGCUGGACUUCUGGAGCUGCUAAGCCACCCUCUGUUUGCACGUUAACUCUAUGCCGGAUAGCAGCUGUGCACGAGACAAUCUUGCAACACCCAGGCAUGUUUGUCGUCGUCCUACAAAUGAGGAAACCGAGGCUAGGGCGUGCCCUGGCCUUUUUAGAUAUGCGAGCACUGAGCUCCUCUUUGUCCUUUGAAACCCCAUCUCCAUUCUCACUGAGUUGCCCUCUCCUUCCCUGACCUCCACCCACAUUUCCCUCCUUAGAGAUCUGGGAGGGAUGGAAUGUUUUUAAACUUCAACACCCAUCAGGCUCUAAGUGGUCCAGCCAAAGUCCUCGGCGUUGACAGGCAGCUGGGGGGACAUGAUCCAUGGACAAGGCCAUCCCGGCCAUGGGAGACCCCAGUCCCGAGGUCUUGCCUGUAGGAGUACUGGGGUCCCCCCUGGAGCCCUCUUUACUGUCACAUCAUCUCUAGGAAACCUAUCUCUGAGUUUUGGGACCAGGUCGGUUUGGGUUUGAAUCCUGCCUCUUCUUGCUCACUGUGUGACCAAGUGACAAAAUCCUUCUGAACCUGUGUUCUCCCACUGUACCAGGGAUGUUUGGUCCCCGUGAGUGCCAAGCAUACAGGAGGGGCUCAAUAAAUCCUUGUUUCUUUUGAUGAAUGAGAAAA